GCCCCAGAUCCAAUUUUCUCCUCUCUGAGAUUCCCCCAUUUGGAAGAAGAACAUAGAGAUGAUGCAGAGAUGGUGCUGGAGGCUCCGCUCUUUGGCAGCCCUUGCUUCCUCUACCCACCUCCGCCCUCCCGCCGCUGCUCGUCUCCUCCACACUGUCCCCAAUUUAUUCCACAAACCCCCACUCGCCUCUCGUUCUCUAAUUGCACCCAAUUUUACCUCCCACAUCAGCGCCUCCACCUUUCCCACUCCUAUCACACAGUCGCCUCUCUCUUUGAUCCAAGUACGGCAUAUCACUGCUAAGCAGAGGAAGAGGAAGUUGAAGAGUAGGAAGCCAAUGACUCCAGUAGUUUCCAAAGUCAAAAAAGUCAAAAUCAAAGGCUACUCGUCUUAUAAAAGCAGAUUUAGGCUUAUGCAUGAUGGGCAAAUCAGGCGGUGGAAGGAGGGGAAGAGGCAUAAUGCAUUCUCAAAGUCUAAGAAGUCAAAACGACGACUGAGACAACCUGGUAUUGUUCCUGCAGCUUAUGCAAAGGUAAUGAAGAAGCUAAAUUUCUGCGCUUGAAGCAAAGUUCGCAAUGCAGCAGCCUCGUUGUCGCUGGGAAGGCUGCCCUUGUCAUCAAAGCAUACUUCAUCUCAUGAUUUCCAUACAGCUUGUAAGUCAGUUUGUCAAGGCUCCUCUAACUGGUUGAUAGAUUUAGUCCAGAUUUGCAGUUUUGCGGAUUACUGCAUUUCGUUUGAAUUGGUUGUCUUGAUGGUUCAAUUGUGCUUUCCUCAACAAGACAACUGCUCAAAACGCUGAGAUGUAUAAGGUGGGGUUGCAGCAUAUUUUGUGCUUGCAACAUUAGAGGAUCAAGAAAGCUGUUUGUUUUUUAAAGUUUCAGAUUAAUUACGAUUUCUAUCUUAGAGAUUUUAUUUUUGGCA